CACCUUUUUUGUCUGCAAACAACACAUGGGGGUGGUGGUUGUUUAACAUGUCAAUUGUCAAGGAUCUAAGAGUUCAUAGUUCUUCAACAAAGUAGUAGUAUAAGAAGUAGAACAAUGAGGUUGAAUGCUGAAAGUUGUGUAUUUCGGUUUGUGGUGCUGUUCUUCACCUGUAUGCUAACAUUUGGGUCAUACUUUUGCUUUGAUAUGCCCAGUGUACUACAGUCCACAUUCCAAGGAAAUAUCUGCAUAAAUGGUACAUCAGGCAACAAUUCAUCUGGCAAUAGUAGUAGUAAUGCAACGUGUUGUGAAGAUUGCCUGGGGAUGUCCGCAGAUGACUACAAUCUACUGUAUGCUAUAUAUGCUUGGACCAAUGCAGUUGUGGUGAUUGGUGCAGGAUUUUUCAUUGACAAAGUAGGGAACAGAAUUGGUGUAUUUGUUUUCUCAUUCCUCUGUGUGGUUGGUUCAUCUACAUUUGCUGUGGGUGCCAUGUUUAAGGGUUCAGGUGCUAUGCUGCCUCUUAUGCUAAUUGGGCGACUCAUAUUCGGUUCUGGCAAUGGUUCAUUAACAAUUGUACAGAACAGGAUCAUAGCAUUCUGGUUUAAGGAUAAAGAACUUGCAUUAGCAUUUGGCUUUUCUUUAGCAUUUUCCCGUCUAGGGAGUGUCCUCAACUUCUUGGUGACAGAAAAUAUAGUGAGCAGUAUAGGUUUGCCAUGGACCCUGUGGGGAGGAGCAAUGCUGUGUGGCUUUGGCUUUAUAUCAGCCAUCAUUGUUGGACUGUUGGAUGUCUAUGGCACUAGGCAGUUAGGAACGGAUUCCACUAUUAAAGAAAACUCCAAGAAAAUGAGAUUCUCAGACAUCCGUUACUUUUCCCUCUCAUUUUGGUUGCUCAGCCUGACAAUCAUGUUCUUCUACAAUGGAGUCUUCCCAUUUGUUGCAGAUGCAAGCAAGUUUAUACAUGAUAAGUACAAGUAUGAUCCUAAAGUGUCUGCAUAUUUAGCUGGUGCUGUUUACGAUGUCUCUAUGGUUCUGUCACCUUUCCUUGGGGGAAUUAUUGACAAAUUUGGCAAGAGAGGCUACCUUGCAAUCGUCUGUGCAUUGGCCUCUAUUCCUGUGUUUGGUAUAUUGGCCUUUACCACUGUAUAUCCUCUAGUCGCAACCCUAUGGUUUGGUAUCACAUACUCUCUAGCAGCGGCAAGUCUAUGGCCCUCUAUCCCCCUGGUGGUACCCCAGGCAACUAUUGGUACUGCCAUGGGCCUGACCACCUCUAUGCAGAUGAUAGGCAUUGGAAUAUGUAAUGUUGUUGUUGGAACAAUCCUAGGCAAAAAUAAAAAUCUCUCAAGGGAAGACACACUGCUGCGCUGGAAAUAUGUAAUGAUAUUCCUCCUGGCAAACAUCAUUGUUUGUGUCACUACUGCUGUUGCACUCAAUUUAAAUGAUAAACGCAAGGGAGGCAUUCUAAACAGAAGUUUGAAGGAGAAACGCCUUCAGCAAAGACUUGAUGCUGAAUCUAAAGAUGAGGAUGAUGAGAGAAAACCAUUGUUGGAGGAUGAUAACCAAACCAGACGCCGUACCACUAUUAAUUAAUCCCUGACCUCUGGAACUGAGAUAAUUAUCUGGAAACGGUCUGAAUAUUAUUAAAAGUAUGGUACCUCAUCAUAUAGGACCAUGGGCUUUUAAGUGGCUCUAUCACAUAAGUAAAUAUUGAUGAUGUAUACUAAUGGCAGAACCUUAUUUUGCAAUCACUAAAGAUGUGAUCCAUUGGCUUAUUUGUAGUUUACAGGUUAAACAUUGUUGGUCAUAAAGUGGCGGAAACAUCCAUCAAAUGGACCAGGACUUCUAUUUUGCAACUAAAAGACCUGGUCCAUUCGAUGGAUAAUGAAAGAUAAUCCAGAUUAUCAGAUUAUCCAAAUGUUUCAAAGCCAUUCUAUUAUGAUCUCACAGUUCUGCACAAAUAGAGAGAUAAAGUUUUCAUAUUAUAUUAUAGCUGAUCUAGUAUAUGCUUAGGGUUUUUAAAUAGCAUAAUAUCUGAAACAAAGUCAGAUAAUGUUAAAGUAGAAAAUGUCAACAAUUUUAUUGUGUAAUAAUAUUUGAUUAGAUAUACAGUAUAACUAGAAUUUAUGUUCUAAAAAGAUCAGACUGUGGGCCUCUGUCAAAAUGUAUUCAAGUCAUGCACCCUAUUUUAUAGGCUGCUCUCAGAUGCUUUUUAAAAGUCAAUUUUUUUAUGUUUUUCACAAUUUUUAUGUCAUCCCUAAGAUGUUGUUAUGACAUUGUUAUAGCUAAAGUCAUCAUUUUCUUGAUCUUCAAUUUUAACUUAGUCAAACUGUCAACUAGUAUUUCAGUUUUCAAAAAUUAUAUUUUUUAUGAGAAAUUGUGCAAUUCCUUUUUGGAACAUAUGAGGAGGCCAAGAAGGCAUGAGCCUAAAAUUUUAAUUUUGAAUGUUAAUUUUUUGCUCACAUGUCUAUAAUGAGCUAUUGUUAUCGCCCACUUGUCUGUCUGUCCGUCCAAUUAAAAUGGUUUCACUUCUAAAAUGUAUCUAUAUAAGGUUGUUUCAAAAUGGCAGCCAUUUUUCUUGUGAAAAAUCAGGUUUCCUGGUAUUUUUUGGUCAUAACUCACCAAAUGUUUCACCAAUUUGCUUGAAAUUGUACAAGUACAUGUACCUUAAUUAAUAGGUUAUCAAUAACACCUACAAGUUUUGGCAAAAUAAGUCAGAUAGACGAAUGGCCACCAUUUUUAUUGCGGAAAAAUCAGAUUUCAGCUUGUUUUUGGACAUAAAUCUACAAGUAUUCCAUCAAUUUCCCUGGAAUUGUACUCAAAUAUUCAAAAUGCCCUUCUAUUGCGAAAAAGUCAGGGUUUCAGCUCUUUUUUGGUAAGCUCCAAAAGUAUUUGGCCGCUGCUUUUAUUGUGGAGAAAUGAGGUUUUCAGCUCCUUUUUGGUCAUAAUUAAACAAGUAUUCCAUCACUUGAAUUGUACAGCUAAAUAUUCUUAGCUCCUACUGUUAAACAUGCAUAUACAUGUAUUGAAAUCUUCCCAUGUGAGCCCAGUACCCAUGGU